CCUAUCUCUCAGUUUCACUUCUGAAUGUGCAGGAACAUGCGGUGGCUCCUUGUUCCCACCAUCUUCAUCAUCCCUUGUACGCAACAGUUUUUCCACAGCCCAGCAGCGGAGCCUGGAGAUAAACCUUCAGAAACUGGUGAAGUCCACCAGCGCAAGGAGGUUUGUCACUGGCCAUGCAGGUGCCCGCCUGUGCCAGCCUGCACCCCUGGGGUAAGCUUGGUGAAGGACGGCUGUGGAUGCUGUAAGGUCUGUGCCAAGCAGUCAGGAGAGCCCUGCAAUGAAGCAGAUGUCUGUGAUCCCCACAAAGGUCUCUACUGUGACUACUCAGAAGACGAGCCUAGGUAUGAAAAAGGCGUGUGUGCAUAUCUGGUAGCUGUAGGAUGUGAGCUCAAUGGAGUUUAUUAUCCCAAUGGGCAGACCUUCCAGCCUAAUCCACUUUAUAAGUGCCUGUGCAUCAGUGGUGCAAUUGGAUGUACACCUGUAUUCACACCAAGACUAGCAGUGAGUCCUUGCACCAGGGUCACGGGCAGAAAGAAGCCUGGACAAUCUAUUUGUGGCCUGGGACAGCACAAGCAGCUUCAAUCAACCAACUACAGACUGAUGUCAGCUUACAGAAGCUUACCACUAGUCUUGAAGAAAAAGUGCCUUGUACAGGCAACUCCCUGGACACCCUGCUCCAGGACCUGUGGCAUAGGCAUAUCCAGCAGAGUGACCAACGACAACAGAAAAUGUGAGAUGAAAAAAGAAAAGAGAUUAUGCUUCAUCCAGCCUUGUCUGACCAAUAUGCUGAAGAAAAUACAGAUUCCAAAAGGAAAAACAUGUCAACCGACAUUCCAGCUUCCAAGAGCAGAGAAGCUAAUUUUUUCUGGAUGCUCAACUACUCAAAGCUACAGACUAACUUUCUGUGGGGUGUGCUUGGACAAGAGGUGCUGCAUACCUAAUAAGUCCAAAAUGAUCACUGUACAGUUUGAGUGUCCCAAUGAAGGCUUCUUCAAGUGGAAGAUGAUGUGGAUAACAUCGUGCGUAUGUCAGAGGAUUUGCAGUGCUCCAGGAGAUAUAUUUUCCGAACUCAAAGUCCUAUGACAAGUUACACCACUGACUGUAACACACCGAGAAUGCAAAAGCACAUUCACACCCUGAAGAGUUAGCAUAACCCUCUGCCACAGCAGUGUUUAUACUGUGGCAGUAUAAACAGUAUAAGCAGUGAAAUAACAAGU